GCACGGCCCAUAAAUCCAGAAAUCACUCCCUCUUUGUUACAUAUAUUCAUCCUUGCGCUGCGCUCUAUCACUUUGACUUCAUACUUCACUCUCUCUCAGUCUUUCAAGGGGUGCUCUGAGAUCACAAACAAAAAUGGUGAAGGGUGUGGCAGUUCUUAGCAGCAGUGAAGGUGUCAGCGGCACCAUUUUCUUCACCCAAGAAGGAGAUGGUCCAACCACAGUCACUGGAAAUGUUUCGGGCCUCAAACCUGGUCAUCAUGGAUUCCAUGUCCAUGCCCUAGGUGACACAACAAAUGGAUGCAUGUCUACUGGACCACAUUUCAAUCCUGCUGGAAAGGAGCAUGGAGCUCCUGAAGACGAUAUCCGCCAUGCCGGUGAUCUUGGAAACAUCACGGUUGGAGAAGAUGGUACUGCUACAUUCACUAUCACUGACAAACAGAUUCCGCUUACUGGAGCAAAUUCUAUUAUUGGAAGAGCUGUUGUUGUUCAUGGUGAUCCUGAUGAUCUUGGCAAAGGUGGCCAUGAACUCAGCAAAACCACUGGAAAUGCUGGUGGGAGGGUUGCCUGCGGUAUCAUUGGCCUGCAGGGUUAAGAGAGUUAUUUGCUUAUGAAUUCAGCCAUGGCAGAGAGGAAAAAGCUUGAAUAAAGGAUUCAUUUUGCCCAGUGCUUUUUCUGUGUUUUUGAACUUCACUCCUUGACCAACUCUUAUGGGGGAUAGAAACUUUGAUAUGUAUGACUGUUUAUUAUGGCACUUCAUUUUGCCUAAUUACUACCUGAAAAUUAAGUUGGUUUGUGAGA